AUGGCUCCAAAAUACCCUCGUUUUUACACUACUCCCAUGGAUGAGGCCACAGACUCUACACCAAUUCAAGUCUAUGGUCUCGAGCAACGUCCUGCUUCCUUCAUUGAGAAGCCCAAGCUUUUGCACCGUGUCUCGCAUGCCCUCGAUGAUAUCAAGGAAGAUUUCGCCUACAACAUGGCAGACCCGGAUAGUACCGCCGCAAAGUUGAAGCGUCGUUCCACCUUCUUGCUGGAUGGUAGCCUGGUUCCCAAUGCCUAUCGCCCAGAAACAGCUAGUCCUCGUCCUUCAACUGCUCGCCCCAUGUCAGUUAUCUCCGUGGAACCCCGGUCUUCGCGUGGUCUGAGUCAACGUCUAUCACGCCGACUUUCUAUCUUUGGUGGUCGUGGAAAGGUUGCACAACGCCCUCACACCGCUAGCAUCUCUACACCAAACCUUAUUGGAACUUCGACUCUUACUUCGGAGCGUCAGGCCAACUACAUUUAA